AUGGCAUCCACCACCUCCAAUGCCCACACGGCGGGUGAGAAGAGCCGACAUAUCAUACGUUUCCUUGAGGAACGCGGUCAAGAUGACUACAUCGGGGAGGAUAUCAGCCAGCUGGAGCAUUGCCUACAAGCCGCCCAUCAGGCAAAAGGAGCCGGCAGUCAGGAUGAAGUCAGCAUCGCCGCCUUGCUUCACGACAUAGGGCAGUUCCUCCCAGCGGACUUAGAGUCUGACCAGAUCAAAGAGCUCAAGUCGCAAAACGAUUCUGUCUCAGUUGGCCGAGUGGGGCACGAGACUAUUGGAGAGCACUACUUGCGCUCGUUAGGGUUUGGAGAGACAGUUUGUCGUCUCGUGGGAUCUCAUGUCGCCGUCAAGCGUUAUCUCACUGCUAUCGAUCCGGCCUACUAUACCGGUCUGUCUGCAGCAUCGAAGAAGAGUUUGCAGUUUCAAGGGGGCCCGUUGAAAGGCAAGGAGCUUGAAAUGUUCAUGACGGACCCGUUGAGCGAGGAUAUGAUCAGGUUAAGGAAGUGGGAUGAUGGCGCAAAGAUUGUCGGGAUUGUGGACAAGACGCCGAGGGCUGGGGGAUAUCAGGCAUUGAUUGAAAAACACCUGAGAGGGAACACAGAGAGGGGACUGAGUCAAAGACCGAAAGAUUUUCCCGCAGUCUCAGAGGGCGCGAAAUUUGCUCCCGAGGUAAUCCUCGAGGGUAGCCCCAACAGCCUUGAUAAUGCAAUAGAAGAGUAUCCCGAAGCCAUCAGCGAGGGAGCGCGUCGAGAGUCCAUGAGCAACGUCAUGCGCAUCUCAAGUAUAUUGACAGUCGUGGUAUCUGGUGUCGCGCUGUUCAGUGAUGGAUACAAUGCUCAGAUUAGUAAGUGUUCGGACGAUAAGAGGAAGCCAGUGAUGUGGCUAUAG